AUGAUAUUAAUUGUAACAGUUAUAAGUAUGGUAUCACUUCCAUUACUUAUUGAUUUAUUUAUUCAUUUACCAAAAGGUUAUCGAGAUCCAUAUAUGAAUUCGAUUGGAUGGGUUUCAUCGAGUAUUAAUGCUAUUAUACUUGUCAUUAGUUUACCAUUUAUUAAUCCACAAAUAUAUGAAUUAUCUAAAAGAAAAUCGAAUAUUAUGUAUAUUCAAAGAUACUUUAAUAUUUAA